AUGACCUCAAUUUUCCAAAUAGAAGACACAGCCUUGGUAAAGUGGAUUAAAGUCACAAAUAAAUGCUGUUUGCAAGAGACUCAUGAAAGGACCCGCGGCCUGGAGCUAGGAGACCCAGCGCAUGCGCGAGAAGAUGGGCGGGGCCCAGGUGGUGAAGAACCUGGCCAAGAAGAAGGGCGAGUUCUGCGAAUCCUGGGCCCCUGGGCGUUAGGAAGAGGGCGGCGGCAGCGCGGGGGCGGGCUCAGCGCUCCUGUGGGCCUGGCAGCGCCAGGCCUUGGCGACUUACCCCCAGCCAGUCGCGGGGACCCGAAAGGCCGCUGGAGAGACCCCGCGGGGGAACUGGCAGAUCCCCUCAAGAAGAAGGGCGCAGCAGAGCAGGGCAGGAGGAAGAAGGCCGAGGCGGGGGCGGCCAUGGCGGGUCCCGCCAGGCCCAGCGCGGCGGAUGAGGAGGCCCAGCGGACCCUCCAGGAUGAGCAGGUGGCGGACACGGACCCAGGAAUCCUGUGUCAUCUGCCAGCAUCCAUAAAAUUGAUCAGCUUCCAAGCGGGUAAAAUCUCAGAUCUCUCAUGGUUUUCAAUAAGGAAGCUUGGACCAGCCUCUUGAGGGGAAAGAUCCCAUAGAAUUGAGAUAAGAUCUUUGAAUUGAGCCCACCCUGGAAGAGGCAGACUCCAAGGGUACAGUCACAUGAAUAAUCUCAAAUAAGAUAAGCAAAGAACUUUUCAUCUGACUCUGUCCCAAAAAGCAUUGUGAGCAAAUAAAACUGCUGUUUUCAGCCACUAAAAUUGA